AUUUUUAUGGGAAUCCCUUGCUCAAAAUAGCACCCUUAAUAACCUUAAUAAGUGAUAGAAAAUUAACAUGAUUUCUAAAAUUUAAUAGAUUAGUAAUAGGAGAACUCAUUCUAACCAGAAGAAGAAAACAAAGAACAAAAAUAAACUAAAAUAGAUGUUGCAUAAAAUUCAAUUGAUUUGAAUAAAAAACGUUAUUCAAGCAGAGAUAUUUCAAUUAUAUCUAAAUAUAUAGAAAAUGAACUAAGUAUGUAAGUUUUAUUAUGAAGAAAAUUAAUCGGUUAAACUUGAGAGACUUACUAUUGACAUGAGAGAUCCAUCAAUGAGUGUUAAAGGAGGAACAGUUGUUCAAAGAAAAGAAAUCUCAUAAGAUUUAUAUGAAGAAGAUGAUAGUCAUAUUUGUUAUACAAUUUACACGAACCCUAAAUAUAAAUGCUUGAAAAAUAUUAAUGAACGCACUAUGGUUCUAUUACAUUUGAAUGAAAAUAAUGAAUUUUAGGAUCUACUUUACAAAGUUGCUAAUGAUUAUCAUUUUACAAUAGAACAUCAAGAAGAAUUUAAAGAUAUUUUAACAAGAUCAUAAGAUAGUUUUCUAUAAAAUUUACUAAUCUCUGAAAAGUUUAUAAAUGAAUAUGGAAUCUUUCAUAUAAUUAGGGAAGCAAUUAAAUUUAGUAAAUUAGAAUUAAUACUUUAGAAUGAUUAUACACUAAAUUCAACAUAAUUGCAUUAUAAUAAAUGUAUGAAUUUGAUUAAUUAUUUUAUUAGUAUUCGUUGAUAUAAGUUUAUUUCCAAUAAUUUUGGCUACUUAACAUAUACAGAUAUAUAGUCUUGAAUUCACUUAAUAAAUUGUUUAAUAUAAAUAGUUGACAAAUUCAAAUCAAGAAUUGAUGAGAUUUCUUAAUGAAAUAAAAUAAAUAAUAGGAAGUGAUGUAAAAAAUAGAUAUACUAUUAAUUAUAGAUUUAAUAUUUAUCUAUUUGUUAGUAAAAUCAAAAUUUGAUAUUAUCUUUAAUAAUUAGAAAGAGUUAAUAAAAUCGGAGUGCAAUAAUAUCACAUAUAAAUACAUCUUUGAAUUUGAAACUUGGAUUUGUAUCUUGUAAGACAUAGUCAUUGAUCAAGUAUAUUGGAUGUGAAUUAAGUGAUAUUGAUUCUUGGAAUAAUAGAGAAUUUAAGGAGGAAACAAGAGCAGACAGUUAAUAUUCAUUAUAAUAUGGAUGGAAGUACGAUUAAUAUAAAUACUAGAUUAUUUGGUUUGAAUGUUAAGUAGUAAUAAAAUAUUUCAAAUAUAGGAUUUAUAUACUAUAAUCCAAAUUAGAUAUACAAUUAAAAUAUUAGGAUUUAUUCAUUAAGUGAUAUAAACAAAUAUUCGAGUCAAUUUGAAUUGAUAGAUAUAAAAGUGUAUUGUGAGAAGAAAUAAUAUAAAAUACUAUUUUAAGUGACAUACUAAGAAGAAGAUUUAAUAAUUAUAGAUAAUAUGGUAAUAAGUAAGUUUUUAUUUAGGCAUAUUUAAAUACGUUGAUGAAUUCAAGAUUGACUGGAAUUUUAGUGUAUGAUGCUGAAAAGUAUAUGAAAUAUUGACUCUAC